UCCUUCAUCGCGAUGUGGGGAGGCCGUACGCUGAGCUCCUCCGGGGGUCGUUUUUUAGGAGUGCUUGGGUCUGCUUUCCGGGGCAAACAAGCGGAGCGUCCUCGUGUAACCUCGUGGGCGGUUUAUUCAGAGAAUCAGCUCAGUUGGACUCUACAAAUUAAACCAUGGUUUUUCAAUGAAUACAGAACCAUAUGCUUCAAAUCCUAUAGGAUGACCUUUUCCUGUUUGAACAGAAGGAAAAGUUACAGGUACCCUCGGACAAGACUGUACAGUACUUCACGAACCACUGUCGACAGCAGUGAGGUCAAAACCUUCCUGGCCCUGGCUCACAAGUGGUGGGAUGAGCAAGGAGUAUACGCACCUCUUCAUUCCAUGAAUGACCUGAGGGUGCCAUUUAUUAGAGACAAUCUUUUGAAAACAGUUGCUAAUCACCAGCCAGGAAAACCUUUGUCUGGAAUGAAGAUUCUUGAUGUUGGUUGUGGUGGUGGAUUGUUAACUGAACCUCUAGGGCGGCUUGGGGCUUCAGUUAUUGGAAUCGAUCCUCUGGAUGAGAACAUUAAAACAGCGCAGUGCCAUAAAUCGUUUGAUCCAGUCCUGGAUAACAGGAUAGAGUACAGAACCUGUUCUCUAGAAGAGAUUGUGGAAGAGACUGCAGAAACAUUUGAUGCUGUUGUAGCUUCCGAAGUUGUAGAACAUGUGGUCGAUCUAGAAACAUUUAUACAGUGUUGCUAUCAAGUGUUAAAACCUGGUGGUUCUUUAUUCAUUACUACAAUCAACAAAACACAACUGUCCUAUGCCUUGGGAAUUGUUUUUGCAGAGCAAAUUGCAGGUAUUGUACCAAAAGGUACUCAUACAUGGGAGAAGUUUAUUUCACCUGAAAAGCUAGAGAGCAUUCUGGAAUCAAAUGGUCUGUCAGUUCAGACGGUAGCAGGAAUGCUCUAUAAUCCUUUCUCAGGUUACUGGCAUUUGACUGAAAAUACCAGCCUUAACUAUGCAGCUCAUGCUGUGAAAUCCAGGAUUCAGGAGCACCCAGUGCCUGCUGAGUUUGUUUUAAAGGAAGAAUCAGGAGAGCUAAGAGCCAACAACUCCAUGAACCCAGGUGGGCAUGAAGAGCUGAAGAAAUGAAUUGUUUCUGAGGACUGUAGUAAUAUGAUUUGAAAGUCUGAUGAUUACAAAUACAAAAAAAAAAAAAAUUACCUUUUGAGAGAGAAUCAUGAAGAAAAGGUUAAUAAAAAGGGCUAACAUCUUGGACAAAAGUUAUUGUUAUUUUAUCUGAUAGCUACUUUCAAGGGAUAAUUCUAUAAAAAAACAGUUUUGUCAAGGUAUUGUGUGAUCUGGUAUUUAUAUCGUUAUAUAA